AUGUUACUGUGCAGGGCGAGCCCAAUGGUCCGGACUUCAUGGUGUGAACGCUCUGACUGCCUGCGCUCUUCAUCAGACCUGUCCCACUCCCCCCCCUUUACCCUUCCUCCCUCCCCCUUCUCUCGUCCCCACUCCCUUCUUCCUUCCCCUUUCCCCCUCUCCCUCUCCUUCACGCUGCUCCGCACUCCCCACUACCAGGCGAUGGGGGCAUUGGGGGACGGCAUUGUGGAUCCGCGCGUGUGCUUCUGGUCGCGGGAAACGGACGACAACCCUGCCAGCUGCAUCACGGGGAGAGUCAGGGUCAAGCGAGUCAAACCUCCGUCGGGUCCCCAGGAGCCCUUGGACAUACCAGCAGACACGGAUUUCGUGUAUUACCACAUGUACUCGUACGACUUUGCCUCCUUCUCCGACAUUCCCAAUGACGAGUGUAAGUGUGGCUUGCUCACUCGCUCGCGCCUUCUGAGAAUAAAAUAG